GUAUGCCUUGGCACAGAAUGCAAUCCUCCUAUUCAACAUUUAUUCUUGCUUAAGCUUUUUUGUCUUUGCUUUGCCACUUAGUGAGCACCUCACUCUUGGAUUUAGGCCAUAUUGCUGAGAAUUUCCAGGGGGAGAUUGCUUCCUGAGAGGGAUCUCCUAAGUCGAUAACGAUUAGCGCUAUAACACAUGCACAAACAAUGGAAAUGACUCUCAUAUAAAAUCAUCAUUAUACGGUUGCUGUCAUUCCCGAAAAACAACUAUAUAACACACCCUUCAAAAGACACGCGUUAUUUGAACAACUUUGACUAAAAUGUAAUACAAUUGCAAGGAAAAGAUCUUUGACUACACGAGCCGCGAUCUCGUGCUUUCAAUAUUACACCAAUAAAGCAAAACAGCAUCUUACAUGUCCUAAUUAUAUUCAUAAUUGUUUUGCAGACCUUAAGAAACGAAGGCUCUCGUGUUUCAAAAGCAAACGGAAACGGUGACGUUUUUUAUUGUACUUACACAAUGGAACAAAAUACGUAAAUGCUAAACAGCGAGAAGAUAUGAACAUUUUGUUCAUUUGCCCUUGUGUGAGUAGGAGUGAAGUCUGUGAACAUCACAACCCAGAGUAUCACUGGUCUUCGUAAUUCGUAUAAAUUUACUGUUCGAAGAAGUUCAUUAAAGUAAUGGCGUUAGAUUCUUCGCUUGGUGAUGCUUUCCUGUUUAUCUGCAUUGCUUUAUGUUUGACAGCUGUAAGAAGUUCAGAUGAUUGGAUCUCCGUCAGAAAGGUAACGCCCGACCCAGACUUCGUAAGAGUAGGACAAAGCUUGAAAAUCAGACUUGAUAUUGACGGCCUGGAUUUGUAUCGAGGGAACACAACUGGAUACUGGGCCUUUUCUCCAGACUUUACGGAACGUAGCUAUGUUCGCGAGCUGCAGAUGGUACGACAACUUGGUUCAAGCAGUGAAGUUUAUUUCUCCUACGAUACUGCAAGAGUUUCACGAGAAAGAUAUAUUGAUUUAGUUGUGAAGAAUAUGACCCUAGCUGAUUCCGGUGUUUAUCGUUGCAAGUUCCGGAGACCACCUCGUCCUUGGAGCAUUAGAGUGGAAUUUCGCGUCAUAGUUGAAGAGGAGGAGAUGAACUUAUACGAUGCUGUACCACAGAUAGUCCACGUUACAAGAGGCCAAAAUUUGAAGCUUCGUCCAAGUUUACCAGAGGUAUUUGUCAGUUCUUCUGGCGAAAACUACGAAAAAUUUUGGGACUUUUCUUCUGUGUUGAGAUCGAGGAAAGAAGAAAACGCCGAUGUUAGAAUUAUCAGUUGGACAGAAAGUUCCAUAAAAGACGUAGAUAACAAGAUAUCACUCGAAGAAAAUGGAACGACUUUAGUCUUGAGAAAUACUACUUUGAAUGAGAGUGGCGUUUAUCAUUUUCGCAUGAUGAAACCGAAGUCAACCACUACAGCUAUUCAUGUUGACUUUAACGUUGAUGUUGAAGAAAAACCAGUUGCAAGCAUAACUUGCCCAAGUAUCGUGCGAUUGUUGGAAGAGCAAAGCUUUUUCUGUUUGUGCAAAGACAUUUCCCAAUCAGAAGUCACAGCUCAAGCGAUGUGGCUACGCAAUGGCCAAACGCUGAAAAACUCGAGACCUUUUCACGAGGAAGAGUUAUAUCUUGAAAAUGUCACUCGUAACGAUGAGGGAUUUUAUAUCUGCCGUGUUCGUACCGAAACAGCGAUAGUUGAAAUCUCCCUGGAAGUUCUUAUCCUGCCAGUGAAAGAAGAAAUGAAAGUUGAGAAACCAACAGUAAAGCGCCGUCCUACAUGGUUGUACCUGGCUGGAUCACUUGGCGUUGGUGUUCUCCUUGGCAUAGUUUUGGUUUUGGUCAUUAAGCAUGUUCGUGGUAAAUGUCGUAAAUCCAAAGGUGUUUAUGAAGACGUUCGUUUUAACAGCAGCGGUCUCGAAUUGGAUGUAACAGCGCAGUAUCAAGACAUGAAUAGAAAUAUGUCGUUGCAUGAAGUGGCCGACUCUGCUUCUCCGUAUGAAGUUGCUGAUCUUCCCGAAACGUAUACGACUUAUGUUAAUGUCAACCAAGCCAGCUCACCAGGCCAGGAAAUCGUUCCGGAACUGUGUUUACAAGAAGAUGAAACGAGCUUAGUUCCUGGUUACACAGACUUGGAUAAUCGAUUCAGAGUUGACUCGCAUCCAUAUCAGGACCUGCAACAAUAUUGCCUUCCAGAAAAUGUCGAGGUGUAAAUAGUUUUUCCCGAAGAUUUCCUUUAAUUUUUUGCUGCCAUUUUUACAUAUGGACCGUCUCCUGCUUGUCUGGGCAAUUUCAGAACCACAAGAUGGGAGCAACAACUGUAACUGAAGCUUGUAAAUAAUGAAAAUAUUGUGUAUUGUUA